AUGUUGGUAGAGAUGAAAAGCUUUAUUCCUUCUUCAUAUACUUUUGAAACAGAAAUCCAGAAGAUAAAGCAAGAACUUUUAACAAGUAAUUUAGACUGUACCGCACAGGAUGAAACAAAUGAACAGUAUCUUUAUGACAUGCAGGACAUUAUUGACCAUUUACCCAAAUUGCCUGAAGUUCAGCAGCAAAAACUAACUAUUCCUGAAUUCGACGAAAUUGAAGUUAAAGUUACUGAUUCAGUAGAAAUAAAGAAAUUCAUACGUAAAGUAAAUUAUGAAUUCCUUGGUUUUCAUUGCAACCAUAAAGUUAUGGACAAAGAUUGCGACAUGGUUUAUAAAAAUAUUUCUGACAUAUAUAAAUCGGUGGAGUUUAAGACAUACGACAACUUUGUUUCGUUAGUUGCUGAAUGUGUUUGGGAAAUAAGAGAUAAAGAUAGAAGAGACAAAGUAUGGAACGAACAAAUAAGACCCGCUAUGUUUGAGAUUAAGAGAGCAAUUGACGCUUUAGUUGUUUUAGCUGGUAAUGUUUCAAUGUAUAACGCAAAAACGAUGCCGCAAUGUUCAAAAUGUAAAGCAGCAAUAAGAAAAUAUAACUACUCAGUCAAAGAGAUAGAAAGAAUGCGAAACGACUAUGCAGACUUAAAGAAAGAAGCAGAAAAGCCAGCAGAAGAUAAAAUGGAUAU